AUGGCAUCACUCUGUGUGACGGCCGCCGGAGCUGAAGCUGGCGCAACCGCAGAAGACGAACAGCGUGUGAAGCUGUGCACGCCCUUCGCGUUCCCGGCGCGCGGUCUCCCGCAACAGCUCCUUCAUCAGGGUCCUUCCCAAGCGAAGAUGCAUUUCGCUUUGGCGUCGCUCGUUUACUCUGCUUCUGUCCUAUGCCUUCUCCUGGCGGCAGAGGCGGAGCGUACAUUGGCUGUCCGCCUGAACCCGGGACAGAAAUAUGUCUCUUCGGAUGAGGGACCCGUGUCUGCUGCCGUAGCUCGACACGACGAGGAACUCGGAGCGAAGGCCAUCCACAAGGCGCAGGAGGAUGAAGCAACGGAGGCAGACGACCCCUUGGGAGAUGGCCCAAGCGUCGUCACUGGAGAAGAGUUACAAGCCGGGGCAGUUGAUGCUUCGGGACUGGCUGAUCCCCCUGCACCCAUCGGUGUUGAAAUUGAAGCUGACAAUGCCCAAGACGAAGAAUUCAAACAGGAAGAAGGAGGAGCAGAAUCCGUUCCCAACCUACUAGCCGGCCCGCCGCAAACCCCUGAAGCUGUGGUCAUUCCAGCGGAAUCACUACUGGCACCUGUACCUGGGGAUGUGCAGGCUAGGUCUGCGGCCAACUUGGUGGGAGUGGGCGACGAGCUCCCUUCUGAAAAACAGGCACCCGCGGCUGUUACGGCGCCAGUCCCAGCUUCCACGCCAGGUGAGUCUCUUCCAGAUAUGGAUGCCUAA